CGACAAUAAUUUGAUCCAUACAGACAGACGCAAUCGAAAAAUACCUGUGCGAUUGUUCUGACGUCCUGUCGUGAGUCUUGACACCUGUCUCUUGCAGAACUCUCGCUAUUCGAUCGUAAGCUGUGACCACCAUUUCUUGGUUGGUCUGACACUUUUUUUGGUCGGAACGAAUCGUAUCCAAGAAACACUACAGCCCUUUCAUAAUCUGAGAGGGUAAACGAAACGAAAAAGGAACCAAAAAAGGACAAAUCAGCCAUGGAACACAAACAAGAACUUGGUCAUAAAGAACCAACGCCACACGAGAUUCAGAAAAUGGAAAUGGACCAAGCGCACCACGACAUCCACUAUCGCAACCACUAUCACGACAACCCUAACCAACAGCUUGCAUCAAGGCUGCCCUCGUCUCCACUGCAGCAAGAUGUCGCCGUUUCCACUACAGCACCUAGCGCCGACACGACGAGGACGACCGAUGACGAACAAGAAGUCUCGUUCUUUCACGAUUUCAUAGCGGGCGGCGUUGCGGGAUCAGCGUCUGUGAUCAUAGGCCAUCCCAUGGACACCCUGAAGGUGAGGAUGCAGACGGCGAAGGGAAACCCGAGCAUUGCCUCCCUGGCGAUCGGAGCCAAGUACGGCGGACCGACCACGCUCUUUCGCGGGGUUUUUGCCCCCCUGUCGGCCGCGAGUGCGGUGAACGCCAUCAUUUUCUCGUCGUACGGCACGUCGACGCGACUGUGGGAGCAAUACGAAUCGUCUUCUUCUAACGAUGGAACACGGAACGCCCAUCCCCACCUCAAGGCAUUUGCCUGUGGAUCGUUUGCGGGUUUGGUGCAGGGCUUGGUGAUUUGUCCGAUGGAGCACGUGAAAUGCCGAAUGCAAGUACAAGAGACCGGGGCCUCUGGAUCCAAUCCCCUCCGAACCACCCUGCGUUCGAUAUUAACGAGUGGUGGUGGAUCGUACAGCAUUUCGGCAUUGUAUCGCGGUUGGUGGAUCACUUGCUGGAGAGAAGUCCCCGCUUUCGGAGGGUAUUUUGCCCUUUACGACAUCUUCAAGGAACGCAUUGAAGACGCGUUUGACCGCCGUGAUGCGAAAUCAUUGGAAACACCCGUGGCCGCUUCUACGACGAUGACACAGCUGGAUGGAACGAUAUACAACAAUCCUGCGGAUGAGGCAACUCCGUCGAUGCUAGCAACGACGACUACUACCGAACCAAAUACCUCGCAACAUUCGUGGAUCGCCAGUGCCAUUGCGGGUGGUUUGACGGGCGCACUGACGUGGGCGAUCGUGUAUCCCUUCGACGUGAUCAAAACACAGAUCCAAACCGCACCGCUCGAUACGCCCAGGCACAAACGAACGAUAUUGGCUGUCACAAAUAAGAUUGUAAAGGAACACGGGUGGAAACACCUAGUUCGGGGAUUGUCGGUCACGUGCUUGCGGGCCUUUCCCGUAAACGGGAUCAUUUUCCCCGUCUACGAAUAUACGCUCUUACAUGUUUGCAAGUGGGAGACAUAAAUGCAAUAGAGAGGUAGCUCUCGUGCACUGCUUUGAUAGUAAGUGACCUGUACGCUAUAAUACAGCACGUAGAGGAUCAUGGAAGCACAAUGUGCUGGGAGCAUUUUGGCCAUUCUUUUACUCCUGGUUUAGGAUCUCGAUUAGAAUUCUCAAGAAAUCCUCAUUGACGACCGUUGUCUUUUUGGAUGUCUCCUGUUCCAUUUAGGUUUAGAGGAGAAUCAGAAAUCGGGAUUAAAAAAUACAAACGACA